UUCAGUAUCAUCAAAUUUCGUUUUCAUUAUGAGUAUUUUUAAGAAAAAUGUUUUCAUAGUAAAUUGUUUAUUUAAAGUUCGAAGGCAUAUUGUGAUAAGAAGAUAUGUACAUGAUUUCAAGAGUAUUCCAGGACCCAAGUCACUGCCGGCUAUAGGCACUCUUUAUCAGUAUUUUCCUUUAAUUGGAAAUUAUCGUUUUGACGAACUACCUUCGAAUGGCCUUAAAAAAUAUAAUAAGUAUGGACCUAUCGUCAGGGAAGAAAUCGUACCAGGAGUUAAUGUUGUGUGGUUGUUUGAUCCAAAGGAUAUUGAAACGUUAUUCAGGCAGGAAGGCAAAUAUCCACAGCGAAGGAGUCACUUAGCAUUGGAACAAUUUCGCUUGGAUAGGCCAAAUGUAUACAAUUCUGGAGGAUUAUUACCCACGAACGGCCCUGAAUGGUUUAGAAUCCGAAGUGUUUUUCAAAGAGGCCUUAGUAUUCAGUCUGUGAAGAAAUUUAUAAAUAGUGUCAACAGUAUUAUACAGGAAUGGUUAAUACAUGUAGAAUCAAUGGAGAACAAUCCCGAGCUGGAUUUCCUGCCUGAGUUAUCUAGAUUAUUUUUAGAAUUAACUGGACAAACAACUCUUGACAUUCGACUGAACAGUUUUACUCCUCGUGAACGAGGAAAACACUCCAGGUCGAGCCGUCUAAUAAAAGCUGCAGAAGUAACCAACUCUUGCAUAUUGAAAACAGAUAACGGCCCGCAGUUAUGGAGAAAAUUUGACACUCCCUUAUACAAGAAACUCAAAUAUUCACAGACAUUUAUGGAACAGGUAGCAAUAGAUUUAAUAGCACUCAAAAUGUCAUUAUUUACGGACCGAGAGAACAGUCAACCUUCUCUUCUCGAUUCCUAUUUAUCAUCCCCUGAAGUAGAUUUUAAAGAUAUAAUUGGCGUUGUCUGUGAUUUUCUAUUAGCAGGGAUAGACACAUCAGCCUAUACUACCAGUUUUGUUUUAUACCAUAUAGCCAAUAGCCCUAGUGUUCAAGAAAAUAUUUAUAAUGAAGCUCACAAAUUGUUACCAAAACAACAUUCUAGAGUUACAGAAGAAAUAUUAAGCGAAGCAGUAUAUACCAAAGCCGUACUUAAAGAAUCCUUAAGGUUACGUCCUAUAUCUGUGGGAAUCGGAAGGAUUUCACAAAAUGAUGCUCAAUUCUCAGGAUAUACAGUACCUGCAGGAACUAGCAUUGUUAGCCAGAAUCAGAUCUCCUGUCAACUAGACAAAUAUUUUCCUCGUGCUGAAAAAUUCGUACCUGAAAGAUGGCUAAAAAACCAUCCGUUAUACCAUCAACCACAUCCUUUUCUUCUCUUACCAUUCGGACAUGGGCCAAGAUCGUGCGUAGCAAGGCGGUUAGCUGAACAAAAUAUGAUCAUUUUGUUAUUAAAAGUGUUCCGUAAUUUCCGAAUAAGAUGGAGAGGAGGGAGAUUGGAUAGUAAAUCGUACCUUAUUAACAAACCAGAUGGACCAAUACUACUAGAAUUUAUUAAAAGACAAAAAUGACGUGUGCCUAUUUUACGAAGAACUGUUACUGAUUUUAUAUAUUCUGAUCUACAAUAAGACUAACUACAAGGUAUUUUAUAGAACAUUUGAUACAAAUGUGUACUAAUUAUGGCUUUAUAAGUCGCAGGUGAUGCUAAAAAUUUUUAAACUGAUAUUUUUGUACUAACUUAAUUUUAUUGUCAACGACUAAGUCAGAUCUGUUUUAGGUUAUAUUUACUAUUAAAUAGUUUCCUCGAGACUAGAGGAUAUUCUUAUAUUUAUGAAAAGACUAAGUUCUCUAAAAGUAGCUGAAAUGUUCCAGUCAACGAUGGGAUCUUCUUGUGGUGCUUUCUCCUUUAGUGGAGGUUAGCGACUACACUGGCAAAUCUGCCUCUGUAAAAUGCGGCUCUAAACAAAGAUAUUAAAUCAAGACCGGUCCAGUCUCUGAUAUUUCUAUGCCAUGAAAUCUGGCACCUACCAAGACCCCGUUUUCCUUCAGUCUUACCCUGGAUGAUCACUUGCGCGAGUCGGUACUUUUCGUUUCUCAAUAUUUGUCCCAGGUAGCUUAACUUUUCUGACUUUAAUGAUUUUUAGCAGUUCCCUAUCUGUGCCUGUUCUCCUCAGAACAGUUUCGUUGGUGGUGUGGGUUGUCCAAGGUGGUUUAUGACCCACUUUACAGUCUCCGGUUUGAUUUUUUUUUCAGAGAAUUCCCGGUUUUGUUUUUGCUUUUUGUCUAUUCCACCCCGCUUCUUGAAUUCAAGCAGUUUGGACUAUUCUUUUAAUUCCACUAAAUUUAAAUCCACUAACUUAAUCUUUCCUAUUAAUCAGACUAUAAUAAGCCAGUAAUAGAAAUAUAAAAGAUGGAUUCAAAGAAUGGUUUGAUGAAGAAUGUAAAAUAGAAUUGGAUGAAAGAAAUAAGUUAAGACUCAAAAUGAUGCAGGUGAAAACACCAGAGAUGGAGAUAAAAUACAACGCACAAAGAAAACGAACUAAAAGAAUCAUAACAGCAAAGAAAAGAAAGUACAACGAAUAUAAAUUGAAAUGCAUAGAAGAAAACUAUAAAAAUGGAGAAGUCAGAAACUUAUAUCAAGGAGUAAAAAAUGAGAAAAAGGGGUUCCAAAGAAAACCUGUACACUACAAAAGCAAAAAUGGAAGGAAUUUAAUAAGCGACGAAGAAAUACUGAACAGAUGGAGAGAAUACUUCGAAGAGCUUCUAGAUGAAAUUCCCACAACAGAAUAUGCAGAAGAAGAAGAAGACAAGAUAACACAAAAGAUAGAUAAUGACAUAGGAGAAUAUCAAUGUGGAUUCAGAAGAGGACGCAGCACGGUGGAUCAAAUUUUCCUGCUGCGUGAAAUACAAGCGGAAAGCUACGAAUACGGGAAAUCUACAAUGGCCCUAUUCAUUGACUUUAAACAAGCUUUUGACAGAGUUAAACGGAAAGAAAUAUACAAAGCACUAUGCGAAAUUGGAAUUAGUAAAAAAUUAAUAAAGAUGGUAAAAGUUACACUCAGAGAAACAGAGAACAGGGUUAAAAUAAAUGGAAAGGAAACAGAAAGUUUAGGGUCGGUGAAGGGAUACGACAAGGAGACCCACUGUCAUCACUGUUGUUCAGUAUCCUUCUUGAAAUGGUCAUCAGAGAAGCCGAAAUUAACAGGACAGGACUUGUAUACCAACGAAAAUACCAAUGCUUGGCAUUCGCUGAUGACAUAGUAAUGAUAGCCAGAAGUAAACAAGAAUUAAAAGAAAUACUAAAAAGACUAGAGGCGAUAGGAAGAAAGAAAGGGAUAUACAUAAACGAAGAAAAGACUAAAUAUAUGGAAUGGACAGAACGAGAAUACACACAAGGACAAUAUCUGACAAUAAACACAGAGGCAAAAAUAUAUAAAUUCGAAGAAGUAGAGAGAUUCCAAUAUCUAGGAGCGAAAUUCACUAGGAGACCAAAUAUAAAAGAAGAAAUCCAAGCGAGAAUUAUGGCUGGUAAUCGUUGUAUCUUUGCUCUAAACAACUUAUUAAGAAAUAAGAACCUAUCUAGAGGGGCUAAGAUAAGAAUAUACAAGACAGUGAUAAGACCUACAGUCUUGUAUGCCAGUGAAACAUGGACGAUGAACAAAUCCGAGCAAGUCAUGCUUAAAGUGUGGGAAAGAAAAGUCCUAAGAAAAAUAUUUGGCGGAAAGAUAUGGAAUGGAAUGUGGAUAAGAAGACCAAAUGUAGAAUUGGAGAGGAUGUAUGGUGAACCAAACAUAGUAGGGAUCAUAAAAUCACAAAGACUGAGAUGGUUGGGACAUAUCCAAAGGAUGCCAAACACGAGACUUCCCAAAAAAAUACUAACGGGAGGAAUAGGAGGAAAGAAGAAGAAAGGUAGACCGAAAACCAGAUGGAAGAAAGAUGAAAAAUACAUAGAAGAACUGAAAAUCACAAAUUGGAAAAAUAAAGCAGCAAAUAGGAGAGAUUGGGAAGGAAUAGUAAACUAAGCCAUGGGCCUUCUAGGCCUGGAGAGCUAAGCUAUAAUAUAAUAAUUAAUCAGACUUCCAAGAUUUCAGGGGCCUAUCCCGAUUUUAUUCAUUAUAUUAUAGAUGUUUCCCUGGAAGAAUCUGUGACACUGAAAGUGUUUUUACUUCCGAUAUAUUUUCAAUAGAUGGCAUAAUUUCAGCACAAUUUUGUUAAUUUUGUGGAAGACUCUUCAGUGUAACUGUCCAAAAAAUUUUGGGACAGCUUCGCUCCUAUAAUUUUACAGCUUAUUGAACCACCACAAUUUUGGUAAUCCAUUUAACAAUCAUGAUAGAGCAAAAAACACGUAUAGGGCAAUAAUAAUAGCUAGUUGGACGACAAACAACUACGUAACAAACUGUGGUACUAAAUGCCCCAAAACCA